AACAAUUGAAAGCUUCAUCGCCUGAAAUUGUCAAAUAUAACCACGUAUAUGUUUUUAGGUUUUUCCCUUUUCCCUAUAAAUAGAGCAUGCAUAACCUACAACAUCAAAACUCAUCCUUCAUCCAACAAGAUGUCUUCUUCAAACCAUAUUUUCAUCGUCUGUGUUCUUUUAUUCCUUCACUUUGUCCAAAUGGUUAUUGGGGAUGCUCCACUGUACCACAUUUGUUCUACUACUUCAGGUAACUUUACCCGUUAUAGUCCUUACGAACAUAGCCUCAACAAACUCAUGGGGGAGUUAUACUACAAAACCUCUCCAAAUGGCUUUGGAAUGGGGUCGAUGGGGCAAUACGAAGCUCAUACCUCUGGUCUUUCCCUUUGUCGGGGUGAUGUCUCACAAAAAGACUGCAUGACUUGUGUUGUCAACGCAAGUGCUGAAAUUCGCAGACGCUGCCCAAGUAACAAGGCUGGAAUCAUAUGGUAUGACCAGUGUCUCUUAAAAUAUUCCAGUAAUGACUUCCUUGGUCAGAUAGACAAUCAGAAUCGCUUGUACAUGUGGAACUUAAACAACGUAAGUGAUCCAAGCUCAUUCAAUGCAGAAACCAAGAGAUUGUUGAGUGGUUUGUCAAACACGGCUUACAAUGAUCCAAAAAUGUAUGCUGCUGGGGCCUUAGACCUUGACGGUUUACAAAAGCUUUAUGGGUUGGUUCAAUGUACCAGGGAUCUUUCAAGUGUUGAUUGCAAGACUUGUUUGGAUGGUGCGAUCAGUGAACUUCCAAGUUGUUGUGACGGGAAACGUGGCGGAAGGGUUCUUGGUGCAAGUUGUAAUAUUAGAUAUGAGAUAUAUCCAUUUGUUGGUGUUUAAUUAACAACGGCACAUAGAUUAUAGUAAGUUUCAGUUGCUUAUUAUUUUAAUUAUAUUGUCUUAAUUUUCGUCAAACGUUGAAUAAAUAAAUAGUCAAAUUGUGUAAUCAGUCGUUGCAUUUGUAAAUUGUAAUGUAUGUUUUCUUUUUAAUAAAUAAAUAAACAAAUUGUGUAAUCAGUUGUUGCAUUU